UAUAAACCCUAAAAUAUUUUUAGGGUUCUGUAUACACUUCGCAUAACUCAACAAUGGCAUGCACUAUCGAUUUUCGGUCCCUAGAUGAAGGUUUCGGCGGCAAAACCUACAAACGCAAACGCGAACAAGCCCAAGCAAUCGAAGAUGCAAAGAUGGAAGAAAUCUCUACCAUGGAAACCGACGAUGCUGAUGCUGCUCCUCCGCCGGCAAAGAGAUCGGCGCUUCCAUCUCAAUCAGAUCCAAACAAGCCUGUCUUUGGAGCUCCGAGCUACGACGGAGUGAUCGCCGGUAAGGUCUCAGGACGAAAGUGGAAGCAGGCGCGUACGCGUCGUGCGUCGUCAGUUCAAGUGAAGAAGGGAACAACGUUCGAGGAGAGAGCGAGAGAGAAGAGGAUAAAGACGGCGUUUAAGGAAAGGAUAACGGAGUUGAAAGAGGAGAUUCGGUCGAACAAGGUUGAGAAGAGGAAGAAGAAAGAAGAGAGGGAGAAGAAGAAGAAAGAGAAUAUUCUUAAGUCUGGUACUAAGUUUCAGAAGAUUACGAACCCUAAAACUUUGAAGAAGAUUGCUAAGUCUAAGCAGAGGAAGCAGUUAAGGCUUGUUCCUGAUGAUUUGGUCAAGAAAUAGUUUUUUUUUUAAAUGAAGUUUUUAUGUGUUGCAUUUUGUUUAUUGUUGGAAAUUUUGGGUUUAUUGAAAGCAGAUUUUCUAAUUUGAUGCUUUUAGGAUCCAAAUAUCAUUAUGUUUAAAUUACUAUAGUCUUAAGAGAAUAUACAAAUUCUGUUGUGGCUAUGGAUGGUUGCCUUUGUUCUUUUAGGUUUUAAUCAUUAUGUUUACCAUCUUAUAUGAUCAAACGAUUAUAUUGAGUUUUCUGAAGGACUCACAUUUGAUGUAAUUGAAAGAUUGAAAAACAUAUGGUGCAUUUUAUUUAA